ACUUCAAUAUUUAAUGCGUGUAAAUCUUAAAUACUGAUUUCCUCGUCACAACCAAAGAUACACUGCCACAGUGCCACCACAUUACACUGAACGAAUCAUGUACGGUUCAUUUGUCUCGAGGAAUCUGAGGAACAGAGCUGCUUCAUCAAUCAACUGGUUUAGCAAGUCUAAUCUUUCGAGAUGUGUUCAUUCACUACCAUUUGCGACUGUGAAAGCUGAGGAAGUAUCGGCCUCUCAGCCGGCUGAAGUGCUCAAUUUAGUGCAAGGAAAAUGGACAAGUUCUUCGACUUGGAACACCAUCCCGGAUCCUCUGAAUGGCGAAUCAUUCAUUAAAGUUGCUGAAGUGAAUCAGAAAGAAAUAAAGCCUUUUGUGGACAGCUUGGCGCAGUGCCCCAAACAUGGUUUACACAACCCAUUCAAAGCACCAGAAAGGUACCUCAUGCUCGGAGACGUAACGACAAAAGCAGCUCAGAAGCUGGCCUUACCUGAGGUUUCUGACUUCUUCGCCAAGCUGAUACAAAGGGUGUCUCCAAAGAGUUACCAGCAAGCUUUUAUGGAAGUUUUCGUUACACAGAAGUUUUUGGAGAACUUUUGUGGUGAUCAGGUUCGGUUCCUGGCUAGGUCGUUUGGAGUUCCUGGAAAUCAUCUAGGUCAGCAGAGUCACGGUUUCAGAUGGCCAUAUGGCCCGGUUGCAAUCAUCACUCCUUUCAAUUUCCCUUUGGAGAUUCCGCUUCUUCAGUUGAUGGGAGCGCUUUAUAUGGGGAAUAAGCCACUUCUUAAAGUCGAUAGCAAGGUCGCUAUUGUGAUGGAGCAAAUGCUACGUUUGCUCCAUGAUUGUGGGUUGCCUGCGGAGGAUGUUGACUUCAUAAACUCGGAUGGAGUUACUAUGAACAGAGUUCUCAUGGAGGGAAAACCGCGUAUGACUCUCUUUACUGGUAGCUCGAGAGUAGCAGAGAAAUUAGCUCUUGAUCUUGGUGGGCGUAUUAGACUUGAAGAUGCUGGUUUCGACUGGAAGAUUCUUGGGCCUGACGUUCAAGAGGAGGACUAUGUUGCUUGGGUGUGCGAUCAAGACGCAUACGCAUGCAGUGGGCAGAAGUGCUCAGCACAGUCGAUUCUAUUCAUGCAUGAAAAUUGGGGUAAAAGUUCGCUCUUGGAGAAAUUGAGCGGUCUUGCUGCUAGAAGGAAGUUGGAGGAUCUUACAAUUGGCCCCGUUCUUACUGUAACAACUGAAGCGAUGCUCGAUCACUUGAACAAACUACUCAAGAUAAAGGGAUCGAGGCUUCUUUUUGGUGGCGAGCCUUUACAAAACCAUUCUAUCCCAGCAGUAUAUGGUGCCAUUAAACCUACUGCCGUCUUUGUUCCACUUGAAGAGAUAUUAAAAGACGAGAACUAUGAUCUCGUAACAAAAGAAAUCUUCGGUCCGUUCCAGGUUGUCACGGAGUACAAACAAAACGAGGUUCCAUUGAUACUAAAAGCACUUGAAAGGAUGCACGCACAUUUAACAGCCGCGGUUGUUUCGAAUGAUCCUUUGUUCAUACAAAAUAUCAUUGGAAACUCGGUGAAUGGAACUACGUAUGUCGGAUUGAGAGCAAGAACAACGGGAGCUCCACAAAAUCAUUGGUUCGGUCCUGCUGGAGAUCCGAGAGGAGCUGGAAUCGGAACUCCGGAAGCAAUAAGACUCGUUUGGUCGUGCCAUAGAGAGGUUAUUUACGACAAUGGCCCGGUUCCACAAAAUUGGAGCACUCCACAGGCCACUUGAAACAGACUUAUCAUCUUUGUAGCACAUGUUAUUCUCUAGAAUUGAUUUCUUGACUAUGUUGAUUGCAUCUGUGCAAUUUUCUAAAAUCCGUGUACUAUGUUGAUUUAUCGAUUCAGAUAACUUCAUUAGAAACCAAAUUUUAUCA